UAAAAAUUAUUGGACUGACCCGAUACAUAUAUAAAACUUCUCCAAAAGAAUUAAAACCAAAUAAUUACAUAAUCUUAUUAUUAUGGGGAACAUAUGCAUCGUAUGGCUAAUAUUGAUAACUCAAAUGAUCAUGGUGACUUGCAAUAAUGAAAAUUAUGUACCAGCAGUAAUUGUGUUUGGUGACUCCUCUGUUGAUUCUGGAAACAACAAUAUGAUAUCAACAUUUCUAAAGAGCAAUUUUAGACCUUACGGUCGUGACAUCGAUGGUGGCCGCCCCACCGGACGAUUUUCAAACGGCCGUAUUCCACCAGAUUUCAUUUCUGAGGCUUUUGGUAUUAAGAGUCUUAUACCAGCAUAUUUGGAUCCUGCUUAUACUAUUGAUGAUUUUGUCACUGGUGUUUGCUUUGCCUCUGCUGGAACUGGAUAUGAUAAUGCAACUUCUGCUAUACUAAAUGUGAUACCACUAUGGAAGGAAGUAGAAUUCUACAAAGAAUAUCAAGACAAAUUGAAAGCCCAUAUAGGUGAAGAGAAAUCAAUUGAAAUCAUAAGUGAAGCAUUAUACAUAAUAAGUUUAGGAACCAAUGAUUUCCUUGGAAACUACUAUGGUUUCACAACACUAAGAUUCCGUUACACAAUAUCACAAUAUCAAGAUUAUUUAAUUGGUAUUGCUGAGAAUUUCAUUAGGCAAUUAUACUCACUUGGUGCUAGGAAAUUAGCCAUAACUGGUCUUAUUCCUAUGGGGUGUCUUCCAUUAGAAAGGGCUAUAAAUAUUUUUGGUGGCUUUCAUCGUUGCUAUGAAAAAUACAAUAUAGUGGCUUUGGAAUUUAAUGUCAAAUUGGAGAAUAUGAUAUCAAAGUUAAAUAAGGAGCUUCCACAAUUGAAGGCCUUGUCAGCAAAUGUAUAUGACCUUUUCAAUGAUAUCAUUACAAGACCUUCCUUCUAUGGAAUUGAGGAGGUAGAGAAGGCAUGUUGUUCCACUGGAACAAUUGAGAUGAGCUACUUAUGCAAUAAAAUGAAUCUAAUGACAUGCAAAGAUGCAAGCAAGUACAUGUUUUGGGAUGCAUUUCAUCCUACUGAGAAGACAAAUCGUAUUAUCUCAAAUUAUUUAAUCCCCAAACUUCUAGCAGCUUUUGGGUGAUUCAUUCAUUUUCUUUAUUAUGUAUUGUUUUUUUAAAACUAUUUCAAUAAUAAAAAAAUAAAAAAAAAGAGCUAAAGUCGAAUUGUUUUUGUAUUAACUGUAAGCUAUCUAUAAAAGUUGUUUUAGAGAGUUUAUGAAAAUAAAUUGAAAAUAACUAAUAAACAUAUUAUAAGUUGUUUUCAUAACUCUCGCAAACAAUCUCUUCGGAUUGCAUAUACUAUAAUACUCCCUUCAUUGCAUUUUAAAUGACUUAAUUUGAAGAUGUAUACUAUUCAAAUAAUAUGUU